AUGGCUCUGACUUCUCCAAAAUCUGUAGCGGGGGAUUUGACACAAAGAGAAGAACUCAUGCUCCAUGAUGGAAACUGUUUCCAUUUCCUCUCUGCAAACAUCAUCACAAUAGUGGAAAGAUGUAUGAGUUCCAUGCAAGCUGGUACCCAAAUGAUCAAACUCCGUGGCAGUUCCAAAGGGUUGGUCCGCUUCUAUUACUUGGAUGAGCACAAGUCAUGUAUUCGCUGGAGACCCUCUCGAAAGAAUGAGAAAGCCAAAAUUUCUAUUGACUGUAUUCAAGAGGUUUGUGAAGGGAAGCAAUCGGAGAUCUUUCAGCGCUAUGCCGAUGGCAGUUUUGAUCCCAACUGCUGCUUCAGCAUCUACUAUGGAGACCAUAUGGAAUCUCUUGACCUGGUAUCUUCUAAUGGAGAGGAAGCACGCACCUGGAUCACAGGGCUAAAAUAUCUGAUGGCAGGGAUCAGUGAUGAAGACAGCCUCUCAAAACGCCAAAGGACCAGAGACCAGUGGUUGAAGCAGACAUUUGAUGAGGCAGAUAAAAAUGGUGAUGGCAGUCUGAGUAUUAAUGAAGUGCUCCAGCUAAUGCACAAACUGAAUGUGAACCUACCCCGACAAAAAGUCAAGCAAAUGUUUAAGGAGGCUGAUACGGAUGAUAACCAGGGCACGCUGGGCUUUGAUGAGUUCUGCGCUUUCUAUAAGAUGAUGUCAACACGACGUGAUUUGUACCUGCUAAUGCUCACCUACAGCAACCACAAGGACUACCUAGAUACAGAUGACCUGAGACACUUUCUGGAGAUUGAACAGAAGAUGACGAAUGUGACUAAAGAACACUGCCUGGAAAUCAUCAGCAAGUUUGAACCAUGCCUGGAGAACAAGGAGGAGGGAGCUCUGGGGAUUGAUGGUUUCACCAAUUACAUGCGGAGUCCAUCAGGGGACAUAUUCAACCCAGAACACUACCAAGUGAAUCAGGACAUGAGUUAUCCUUUGAGUCACUAUUUCAUUACCUCUUCACAUAAUACCUACCUCAUGGGAGAUCAGCUGAUGUCCCAGUCUAGGGUGGACAUGUAUGCAUGGGUUCUACAAUCUGGCUGUCGUUGUGUAGAAGUUGACUGCUGGGAUGGGCCGGACGGUGAACCAAUUGUCCACCAUGGAUACACUUUGACUUCCAAAAUUCUCUUCAAAGAUGUGAUUGAAACUAUCAACAAAUAUGCCUUUAUCAAGAAUGAGUACCCUGUUAUCUUGUCACUUGAGAACCAUUGCAGUGUCAUUCAGCAGAAGAAGAUGGCUCAGUAUCUUACAGAAAUUCUGGGAGACAAACUGGAUCUGUCUUCUGUGCACAAUGAUGAUUCUACCAAGCUCCCUUCACCAGCAAGUCUCAAAGGAAAGAUACUGGUUAAGGGGAAGAAACUUCCAGCCAACAUCAGCGAUGAUGCAGAGGAAGGUGAAGUUUCUGAUGAGGACAGUGCUGAUGAGAUUGACGAUGACUGUAAACUAAUGAAUGGAGAUGCAUCUACUAAUAGGAAAAGAGUGGAGAAUAUAGCAAAGAAAAAACUUGACUCACUGAUAAAAGAAUCCAAAAUCCGUGACUGUGAAGAUCCAAACAAUUUUACAGUUACCACUCUACCAUCAUCAGGAAAGGCUGGUCUAAAAUUGGACAGUAAGAAGAAUAAACUUGAGGAUGAUGUGGAAUCUGUGGAAGACUUCAGUACCAGUAAAAGGCACAGCCGGUCAUUGAUGGGCAGUUUUUCUAAACGCAAGAAAAAAGGAAGCAAAUUGAAAAAGGCAACAAGUCUGGAAGAAGGUGAAGAUGAUUUGGAUUCUCAAGGAAAUUUAGCCAGGAGCUCCGUACAUUACAGCAGGGUAAACCGACAGAAGAAAACAAUGAAGCUGUCCAGGGCACUCUCUGACCUGGUGAAAUACACAAAGUCUGUUGGCAUCCAUGAUGUUGAAACUGAAAUCUCUUCCAGCUGGCAGGUUUCAUCUUUCAGUGAAACAAAAGCCCACCAGAUACUGCAGCAAAAGCCAGCACAGUAUCUACGUUUCAACCAGCAUCAGUUGUCCCGCAUCUACCCAUCUUCUUAUCGUGUGGACUCUAGUAACUACAAUCCCCAGCCAUUCUGGAAUGCUGGCUGCCAACUUGUUGCACUAAACUACCAGUCAGAGGGGAGGAUGCUGCAACUGAACCGGGCCAAAUUUAGUGCCAAUGGGAAUUGUGGCUAUGUCCUCAAACCAAACUGCAUGUGUCAAGGUGUCUUUAAUCCAAAUUCUGAAGACCCACUGCCUGGUCAAUUGAAGAAACAGCUGGUUCUAAGAAUUAUCAGUGGUCAACAACUCCCAAAACCACGUGAUUCCAUGUUGGGAGACAGAGGAGAGAUCAUAGAUCCAUUUGUUGAAGUAGAAGUUAUAGGCUUGCCUGUUGAUUGCGUCAAAGAACAAACUAGAGUAGUUGAUGAUAAUGGUUUUAACCCAAUGUGGGAGGAAACGUUGGUGUUCACAGUACACAUGCCAGAGAUUGCACUGAUUCGGUUCCUUGUGUGGGAUCACGAUCCAAUUGGGCGUGAUUUUAUUGGACAGAGAACAAUAGCUUUCAGCAGUAUGAUGCCAGGUUACCGACACGUGUACCUGGAAGGUAUAGAAGAGGCAUCCAUCUUUGUUCAUGUGGCUAUUAAUGACAUCUGUGGUAAGGCCAAACAAGCUCUAGGUCUAAAAGGCCUGUUUCUCAGAAAUCCAAAGCAGGCCUCUCUGGACAGUCAUGCUGCUGGUCAGCUCCAUCGCAAACAUUCCUUUAGCAGCCACAUCUUGAGACGGACAGCCAGUGCACCCACCAAAAGCCAGAAGAAGAGCAAGAAGGGCUUUCCCGAAAUUGCUUUUGACACAAAAGACAACAGCUCUGAAGGGGCCAGUGAAGACCGUGAAGUGGAAGCUGCCUCACAGCCUCGCUUUGAGCAAGAGCCAGAAGGUGCUUCUCUGUCACCAGCUCCCAGAGAUGGUGCCAGUGGAGAGGUACAUGGCAAGGGGUUGAAAGAUGUCUGCCAUUUCGCAAUACAGAGGUCAGUCACUUCUUUAUGCAGCCUAGAAACUAUCACUGAAGAGCCUGUUAUUGCCAAUGAAAACCAUCAUGCCAGCCUUUUCUUCCCUCUACCCAGUACUCCUUACAGCGAUUCUGAAGAAGGGUCUGUGUCUGAUCAUUCCACUGAAUCUCGAUCGGAAGUAAGCAGCACAUCCAACCAGCCUCAAGAAUCUCUACUCACUAGAGAACAAAGAACAAGUCUGGCUGCAGGAGACCAAGUGCACAUAGUCACAAGAGCAGCUGACACAAGUUUAGUAGUCCAAGAAGAUGAGAGGACAAGCAUGACAGGAUGUCUCAAAGAAGAAAAUGGUUGGACGCAGGCAUGCAGUCAAGCUGAAGAUCAGUAUGGAUUGGCAGUGCAUCCUCAAGAAGCCCAGCUGGUAGUGGCAGCAGGUAAGACUGCUGGCCAACCUGUUGAAAACUGCCAGAAGCAAAAUGACCGACCAGGUCAGGUAUUAAUAGACGUGAAAAGCACCAAUGAAUCCAAAGGCCAAAAACUUGAUGCAGCAGCUGUUCUACUGCAGCAGAACAAUGUGAUUAACAGCACACAGACAACUUUGUCUCCAGACACUUUCCAAAUAGCCCAGGCUGCACAGGCUCUACCUGUUUCUGUUUCUCAGAUGAGCUCUUACGUGUUAGUAAGAAGGCCAAAGAGUGAAGGACUGAAGAUGUCAGACUCCUCAGCCUUAAUAAAAAUUCCAAGUAGCCUGUCUCCAGCAGCAGAAGUAUACUUUGAUGCCACUGUUAACGACCGGAUCUGGAGCAAGCUAGAUUGCAGCAAUCAUCGUGACAGCAUGUCUUCCUCUUCCAGCAUGUCCUCCAAUGACACUGUGAUCGAUCUCUCUCUGCCCAAUCUAGUUCGCAAAAGCCUCCCAGAUCUUGGCAUCCGUCAUGAAAAUUUUGAGCACCUUGCCAUACGAAAGGGUAUGCGCCCACGAUCUGCUACAACAUCCAGUAACGAGAUGCCAAUGGUGAGCAAGAGCAAAUCCAAUCCUAACCUGAGGUCUGGCCAGCUGCCAGCAGAUGAAUUGUGCCCCCGUCCUCUUGCCAGGAGCCCUCAAGAUGCAUUCUCAUCCAUUCCUAGAAGGCAUACUUGGAGCAGGCUGUACAUCGAAAGUCUCAGACAGUCUUCGAACAAAUCCAAAGCACAGGAUAUAGUUGGGAAUAACCAGGCAAAAUCCAAGAGUCUUGGAGACCUUACCUCUGAUGAUAUUGUGUGCACUUUUGAAAGCAAAUACCGUAGCAUCAGCAGGAGUUUUGUCACUCGAUCAAUGCGGGAGCAGCGCCGCUCUGCAGGCCUGAGAUCUUCAGUCAAAUCCCAGGAUGAAUUGACUGAGCAGCUAAAGAAGCUGACAGCCUUUCAGCAGGAAAAUGAUAUCACUUCCCCUAUCAGUCUUGAUCCAACUGAAUCUGAAGAGGAAGGGGAGAGCUUGGGACUCCUUCGCAGGUCUUCAUCUCGCAGUCAGAGUAGGGUGCGGUACAUUGCCAACAGGGCUAAGCAAGCUCAGGAGAGGCAGCGGCUGCAGAGCCUAGGCCAGCUCGGUGGGAGUCCCAUUGAAGAGAGAGGAAAUCCGGAGGGAGCCUGCAGCGUUGCAAAAGCAGUUUGUAUGGAUAUAGCUUCUCCUGCCGUGUUUACAUCCCAGCCUAAGAACCAAACUGAUUUUAACACUGACACAGAAGUCUUCUUUAUGCUGAAACUGUAA